AAAAUAAGUAUGCAGACGAGUGACCACUAGUACCCACGUUUCUUUACCAGCCACACGGUGCUUAACACCGGCUGUAUGAUCAGUACAACAGCACAAAAAAUGAACACAAGUGAAAAACGCCACACCACUGUAGCCCCCUCGUCCAAUAGAUAUAGUACAUAAAGCCAAAAAACAAAUAGUCCAGAAUGGACAAGAUAUCCCGCGGCAGUCACCUAGGUGACAUUCACAACCAGGGGCUUCGCGUGGCCACCGAUGUGAACAUGCACACCAGCAACCAGCGCGGCACCCACGUGUCUUCCAAGGACACCUGCAAGCUGCACUCUACGGGCGUGCGCAACGCGGCCAACGAGCACCACCAUUCCACCCAGGCGAUCGGAUCCGGGGGGCUGUACAACUUAAACUCCACCGUCACUGCGAAGGUGAAGCGCUCCUCGGGGCAGCAGCAGUUAGCAGGCUCCGCGAGCAGUUGGUUCAAACACGACCACAACUUGGCAAAAAUUGCCGCUGCCCGGGGCAGUCGCGGAGGGUUUAGCAACGCUGCGGGUUCAUCCUCUGCAGCCUCCCCGCGUGGUCCUGUGGAGCACGACCAACCGGUGCACCUCCGCGGCGGGCACACGCACGACAGGAGCCACGUCGCGAAGAAUGACGCGGAUCACGCACGGUAUCCUAAUGAAAAACGUCCCCACCCCAGAGUCAAGAUGGGGAUUUUGCAACACAAACCUUGAAGUUUAUUUGGGAGCCACGCAUGACAAAUUCCUAGCUGUAGUGUAGUGCAGUUUAGAAAGGGAAGUCGCAUUACAAAUCCAUCUGCCUAUCCUGUUUACAGCAUUACAAGUUCCAAAACACGAUCGGAAAUGCCUAUCAUGGGGAUGCGCAUUACAAAUGCUCUUGCGCUUGCAGAUCUGCAUGACAACUCUGUGGUGGGGAUGCUUUUACACAGGAUACACGGUUCGAAAGGUUCAGCGCCAAGUUUUGGCGAAGCUGUGCGGGAAACAGCCCCGCGCCCGCGGCCAACCCGGUCCGGUACGAGGAGAGGAAAAUGAAAUUCGAACCGGCGGGCAGGGUCAACGCGGUGGUGACGGGAAGCAUGUCGGGGGGAAACGAGGGGAUGGCAGGUACUAUCUAUGAUAAUGAUUGAAUUUUGAUUUUAUCUACACGAACGGAGUGAGAGUAUACUAGUAAAUCAGGAGGUGCAUCAUGGGUAGUAGAGCCGCUGAGCGGCCCUUCUUUCACUCACCCGAGUGAAAAAAGUUUUCGUUUUUGAUGCGAUCCAAGAAGCAUGGAUUCUCUCAGCUUAGACCACACGACUGAAUCAAGAAUCAAAAAGCACUUGACUCCACCUAUCAGCCGCCGGCGUUCCAACCUCCUCCCCCAUGAAGCCCCGGGUGACCUCCUACAGUGCCUCCUACCAGUCACCGCGGUUACAGUCACGACAAGUAGACAUAACGGGGUCGUCUACCUCUUACACAACGGGGGCUGCAAGCGUACUCCGAUCCACCCCGGAAUUGUUAUCUGCGAACUUCCUCGCACAGUCGCCGCGGCCCAACAACCGAUUUGCACGACGAAGCAUCGAGGAGAAAUCGCACACAAGCCACAGAACCACGGCGGCGAAGAUGAAGGAGCAGCAGGACCACUUUGUAGACCUAGGAUCCGCAACGCAGAGUGUGAGUGCUGCCGCUGGUGUACCCCAAAAACCGCAGACUGUUGUUCUCUCGAACAACCCGCCCCAGCUCCUCCCGUCAUCUAGCCUAGGUUCUCGGCAAGAAGAAAAUCAAGCCACUCCCGCCGCCGGCGUCCCCACCGGGUCCUCGGUGUAUCAGGACCACUUGGGCAGCGACUGUGCGGUAUUUCUUCUAUCCGGGGCAACAGUAAAAACAUUAUCGUGGUCGUGCUAAUUGGAAUUGCAGCUCCAGCUGAUCUGCACCAUAACAAAUCUGGUUAUUUAUAUUUUUCUACCCUUAAUCAGCAUGGCACACGCAUGAAUUCUGUUUAUCCUUCUGAAAGAAGGAACGUUGCAAUUCCGACUGAAAAAUCGAUGAUUUUGCAAUGCAUAUUUUCCGGAACAGCAAGGCGACUCCACGACUGCGACGAACGCAACAACCGGCAGAAAUGGGGACAUCACCUCUACCACAGGAACUACAACACGGUCUUUGAAACAUCAAUCGGGGAAAUUCAACACCUCCGCCCGCUCCUCCCCUACGUUUCGCGGGUCCGCAAACUGGAUGGCCUACUCCAGUCCGAGACAGCAGCACCGGGCGGUUCGUGCCGAUCUGGUGGCUGCUCCGAAGCUGAGCCCCCGACACCGGGCGAACCCAGAUCUGGACACGGGCAAAGAUCACCACAGUGGCAGAGCGGUGCCGCAGGGCAAGGAGUUCUUCAACCCAAGAGAGGGGAUCAAAAUCGUAUUUCUAUUUUUUACACUAUGCAUUUUGAUUUUCCUUUUUGCAAAUAUUGAUUCGUGGUCUUGUUGGUCUGGAAACAAAGUAAGACGCAACUUUGGGUUCUUCACUGCGCCGCCGGAACAAUCAAAGAGCUAAAAUUUGUGUUGCGUAGACACCAACAAGAAGAUCGAAAAUGAAAAUCAGGUAUCCUCUCCGGCGAAACAAGAGAAAUUGAAUCACGACUACAUUGGCACCCAGGAGGAGUUCGGUGGGAAGAAGUGCCUUUUUGUGGAGGAGGAGGUGCCAAAGUUGAAGGAGGUCUCGAACAUGGUGAAGGAGAUGUCGGCUGCCCGAAGUUCCGUAAAAGUCCCGCGAAAAAAUCCGCGAACCUCCGUCGCACACGAGGAAAGGCUGGUGAAAAGGGACAACGCGUACUGGCUAGGAAGUUUUUUUUUCCUAUAACCAACUGACAGACAGUAGCUCGCUUACGCUUUUUAUAGAAAGGCGAUACUUGGAAAUGAAGUACUUGCUUAUCCUCAUGAGGUACUAGUUGUGAUGGUGGGGUCGCGUGUUGAACAAAAUCAAAAAGCCAAUAUAAGAAUAAAACACUCAAUUGACAACCAUCACGACGUAAAUGCAUUAGGCACGAAGCUGCGACCGAGCACUGGUUUAGCCGAAAGUCAGCGCACAUGAUGACCACGAGCAGUGAGGCCACGGCUACCAACCUCGGGAGUUACAAAGCGCCACCGUCCAACAAGGACCUCUACAUCUAUGACCAGACCACGCUCGCGCCCUCCGCGGGAAAACGCCGAGCGAGCGAGUGCAUCAGUUUCACGCUGCAGAAAAAUCAACCCAAAAUGGAGGCAGCGGGUACAACUUGUUUGAUGUGCGGUUUGGAUUUAAAAGGCGUUACUAUUUGUGCAGUUUGAGUUUCUGAGGACCAAAAAUCUUUUAUCAUAUUAAUGAUCCACAAACAAGGUCGCGAAACGCGCACCCGAGAACACGUGGACGCGAGGUACUACCUGCUGAAGAAAGAGGCACGCCCGGUGAACACAACGCGACCCAUUCAGGAUAAGAAUCCCGGCGUCUUCCACCCGACCCGUGUGUUGCAGCGGAGUCCGCGGGCAUGGCGGUGAUGUAUUGGACGGCGCUCGGCUUGCAUUUUUUUGUCAACUAAAGAAAAUUGAAAUUGCUAUAUUGAUAAACUUUUUUCAUUCAUUUUCAUUGUAAAAUGCCGAUACUCCAACGCAAAUGUCUUUCUUGAAAUUCAAUAUGUGGAGGCACAGAUGGUUUGUUUCUUGUUGUCACUUCUCAAACAAAUAGCUUGCGAUCAAUUAUGUGUGCGACUUCUGGAGCUUGCGUGUCACUUUUUUUCUAUCUAUACCAUUGAUUUCCCCCGCCCCUCAAUGUAUGAUGUAUUUUCCGAUUGAAGAAACUGGGGAUGUCCAUAUGCAUGUUUGUCAUAAAUACUCUGUAUCUGUUCUUUUGUAAAAUUUAAAAUAGAGUCAGAGUCUGAGUCAGAUACUUCUCGUUUUCAAUUUGAUGCCAAACACUUUCCAUACUGCUUUGGCAUUCGACGCUGGUAUUGAUUGAUCUUUUUGUUUUUGCUUCGCACCACCCAUCAAGGUCACACGCAGGCGGGUGCGACAUCAAGACUUUUCAUGGAGCACGUUUUCCAAGUUGAUAUCAAGUUUGAUAGAAACCGCCGAAUGCUAAAUGUUAAUGUUUUUUUGUGAGCAGAAGGCCACAACAUAUACUGACCCGCGCAGAUGAAGGAUGAAAAUCAGCGAG